UAAUGAUUUCAAAACAACCAAAUAAUUAGUUUGAAUUAUUUGAGAAAGUAAUUAUUUUCAAUCUCAUUAAUUUCAUGCUUAAUUGAGCAUUAACGAGCAAUUUCAAUUAGUUGAGCGUCAUCGAAUCAUCGGUGAAGAUGUCUUAACAUUGCAUAUUUUAUUUUAGUUUUUCAGUGUUUAGUUAUUGGUAUUUGAAAUUUGAACAUUAUGUUUUCUUUAAGAACGGGUUUUUGUGUUCUACAUUUAGUGUUCUUGUGGGCAUCAACUUUAGCGAAUGAAAAAGAAACUUCAUUUCAAUUACAACAACAUAAUGUACCUAUGUCAGUUGAUGUUAUUAAUUUAAAGCCUACUGAUAACUCCAAUAAGCACAACAAUUGGCCUGGUAGAUAUUUACCUGACCGUUCAAAUGGAGAAAAUUAUGGUAGUAUCUCAAAAAUUGUUACAGAAAAUGAAGAUUUUGCUGUAUAUAGUGCCCCAAAACAAAAGAAAAACAUGGUAACAAUGGGAUCCAUGGAUAUCAAUUCUACAUGUGAUGAUGGAAAGACAAAUUUGACCAGAGAUUGGGAUGGAUCAGUGUACAAUUAUACAUGCAUGCAAAGUCAAUUUUUACCAGUAACUGAUAUUGAACCAUUAUUGGAGAGAGAUCUUGUGCCUAAAUAUUAUGUGGCUAAUCACGUGUGUAUGAAAGAAUCGAUAUCUUAUAACCAUGAUAUUCCUUCAUUUGGUCCACAUCGUCCUGCUUGGGCCAGAUACGGAGAAUAUACAUUUUUACCAAAACAAAGAUGGUUACACAAUUUAGAGCAUGGAGCAGUAGUUAUGUUGUAUCAUCCAUGCACUCAUCCAGUUAUGAUUGUUCGUAUGCAGGCAGCUUUAAAAGCUUGUCUUUUCAGACAUAUUAUUACUCCAUACACUUUGGUGCCUGAAGAUCGGCCGAUAGUGCUUGUUACUUGGGGUAACAGACUAUACAUGAAUGAUGUGGAUACAAAACUAGCAACAGAUUUUAUAAAAAAAUAUGCAAAUCAUGCUAAGGAAACCACAGCCAGGGAUGGACAAUAUGAUCAUUUAUUGAUUCAACCAGCGGAAUUAAUUUCACCUGAUGAUGUAAAUAUUUGCCCACCCCCACACAAACGCAAAAAUAGAAUUUGAUAUAAUAUGUUACACUAACUUAAGUGUAUAACAUCUUAAGGUAAUAAGAUACCUAAUUAAACUUGUUUAACCAUUAUUUUAAAUUCAUACAGGUAUAUUGUUUAAUGUGUAUUGUAUUUGUAUUUGUAUUUUAAUUAUUUAAAAAAAAAAUUUUAUAUUGAAUGUUAUUUGUAUUUAAAGUUUAAACUAGUUAAUCUUAAGACUAAUGAUCAAAUAAUGUUAACAAAAUAAUUUAGUUAUUAAUUUUUCAAUUUUAUAAUAUAUUCAAUUAUUUGGAAUUAUAUACAUUUUUUAUUAA